UAACAAAAUACCUGGCAACCCAUGGGUGCAAUCUGUAACACCGGCACGGUUUGCGCUUUAUGUGACUGAGCUUUUAUUGCGCGAUUUAAUUAACCAUCAAACCUUUUCUAUAUCAUAAUAUUUUUAAGACGGUAUAGUGCUUGUUGGUUUGCUUAUCGACGCUAUUUUCUGUACGCUUUAAUCUUUAAUGCUAUUUCUGUCGUUCCAAUGCCAAGACGACAAUUAAAGGUACAGACGCCUAUUGAUUAUUAUUCUCCAGCCAGCUAGGUGGCCGAAAGCGGACAGAUAAAAUGGGCUCGGGAUUUAGGAGCGAGGAGAUGUGCCUGGCGCAGCUGUUCCUGCAGUCCGGUUCGGCUUACGACUGCAUCAGCGAACUGGGAGAAAUGGGAUUGGUCGAAUUUCGAGAUCUCAACCCCAGUGUAAGCUCCUUCCAGCGCCGCUUCGUCAGUGAGAUCAAGAGAUGUGAGGAGAUGGAAAGGAUUCUGGGGUAUCUGCUGAGGGAAAUAAGGAAGGCCAAUAUUGCAGUACCAGAAGCCGAAAUUCUCCCUGCUGCUCCAGCACCCAAAAAUGUCUUAGAGAUCAUGGAGCAACUGCAGAGGUUGGAGGUGGAGCUCAGUGAGGUCGCCAAGAAUAAAGAAAAGCUCCAGCACAAUCUCUUAGAACUGACAGAGUAUACGCACAUGUUGAGAAUCACUCGAACCUUCAUACACAGCCGCACCAGGCAUGAAGCCCUGGGUCCCCAGUAUGAAGAGUUCCCCUCUCUGGACACUGAAUCAGUAACUGGGUGCACCAAUAUGCAGAGGCUGGGUGCCAAACUCGGGUUUAUCUCUGGAUUGAUACAGCGAGUGAAGGUGGAGGCGUUCGAGCGAAUGCUAUGGCGAGUCUGUAAAGGUUACACCAUCCUCAGCUACGCAGAGGUGGAUGAGAGCCUGGUCGAUCUCGAAACUGGUGAGAUAAAUAAGAACGUAGUGUUCCUCAUCUCCUUUUGGGGUGAUCAGAUUGGACAGAAGGUGCAGAAAAUUUGUGACUGUUACCACUGUCAUCUCUACCCACAUCCUGAAUCUGACGAAGAACGAGCCGAUGUCAUGGACAGUCUGCGCACACGUAUAGAAGACUUACAAAAUGUUUUGCACCGCACUGAGGAUUACUUGAAGCAAGUCUUGCAUAAGGCAUCCGAGUCAGCACAUUCCUGGGUGCUACAGGUGAAGAAGAUGAAAGCGAUUUAUCACAUCCUCAACCUCUGCAGCUUUGAUGUCACCAACAAGUGUCUGAUCGCUGAAGUGUGGUGCCCGGUUAGUGACCUGACUAACCUCAGGAGGGCGCUAGAGGAAGGAUCUAGAAAAGGUGACGCAACGGUCCCAUCCUUCGUGAACCGUAUCCCUAGCAAUGACACUCCACCAACCCUCCUAAGGAGCAACAAGUUUACCUCAGGCUUUCAGAGUAUAGUAGAGGCCUAUGGAGUGGGAGACUAUAGAGAAGCAAGCCCGGCUCCUUAUACCAUUAUCACCUUUCCAUUCCUGUUUGCGGUUAUGUUUGGAGAUCUUGGUCAUGGUGCAGUCAUGACCCUCUUUGCUUUGUGGAUGGUGUUGACUGAGAAGGACCAUACAAGGAGACGACUGGGAAAUGAGAUUUGGAGGAUCUUCUUUGAUGGCCGCUACAUCAUACUGAUGAUGGGACUGUUCUCCAUUUACACAGGACUGAUUUACAACGACUGUUUCUCCAAAUCCCUCAACAUCUUUGGCUCGGCCUGGAGCGUCAAGGCCAUGUUUACAGAGCAACAGUGGUCAAAUGAAACUCUACAAACGAAUGCUUUACUAACCUUGGAUCCCAAUAUUUCUGGCGUCUUUUUUGGCCCUUAUCCAUUGGGCAUUGAUCCAAUCUGGAACAUGGCUGUGAAUCGUCUGUCUUUCCUCAACUCAUAUAAGAUGAAGAUGUCAGUGAUCAUUGGAGUCAUCCACAUGACGUUUGGGGUUGUGCUCAGUGUCUUCAAUCACUUACACUUCAGACAGAAGUUUAAGAUCUACCUUCUCUUUCUUCCUGAGCUACUCUUUCUGCUUUGCCUCUUUGGAUACUUGGUCUUCAUGAUCUUUUACAAAUGGCUGGCGUUCUCGGUGCGAGACUCCCAGCUGGCUCCGAGCAUUCUCAUCCACUUUAUCAACAUGUUUUUAAUGCAGGGGAACGACAAUUUGCCCCUUUAUCCCGGUCAGAUGGGACUGCAGGUGUUUCUGGUUGUGGUGGCUCUACUGUCUGUUCCGGUGCUGUUACUGGGAAAACCUCUUUACCUCUACUGGCUGCAUCAUGGUGGGAAGAGCCUAGGGGUCCACAGGGUCUGUCUGUUUUUUUGUGGCUACGAGAGAGUUCGGCGUGUGAGUGAGGAAGAUCUGUCUCCAUCUAUAGUUCAUGAUGAAGAAGAGGGACUAAGUGACUCAGGGGGACCUAAGGAGUUUGAUUUUGGGGAUGUUUUCCUGCAUCAAGCAAUUCACACCAUUGAGUACUGUUUGGGCUGCAUCUCUAACACAGCCUCCUACCUGCGUCUCUGGGCUUUAAGCCUCGCCCACGCCCAGCUGUCGGAGGUAUUGUGGGCGAUGGUGAUGCGUCUAGGGCUGAGGGUUACCUCUAAAUUGGGCGUGCUCCUUCUUGUGCCUGUGUUUAGCGUCUUCGCCGUUCUCACCGUCUCCAUUCUGCUGGUCAUGGAGGGUCUGUCAGCUUUUCUGCACGCUUUGCGUCUUCACUGGGUGGAAUUUCAGAACUAAGUUCUACAGUGGAACAGGAAUCAAAUUUGCACCUUUGACUUUUCCCUGUUACCCUCCGCCUUUGAGCAAGAUGGGUUACUCUGACCUGUGGUGACACUUUGGCUAUGAACAGAAUAACAUUGGCCGGUGGCAUUUGGACACGGGACAAUGACCCAGCAGUGCUGCUCUGUAUGACCUGUAACACAACCGGUCAUGGUUGGAUGAGUAGCUGAUCUGACAGUGCUAUUUUGCACCCAUUAUGCGGAUUAUCAGCGGUGGGAUCCAUCAACAUGUGCUGUCAAUCAAAAUCCGAUUAUUAUAUUUAUCUUAAGAGAUAUGACCUGUAUUUGGUAUUUCAACUUCAUAAGCAUUUGCUCUCAUAUCUAUUUCAAAGUGCCAUAACUAUUUUUCAAAGUACAGUUUUGUACGCUACACUGAAAUGUACUUCCACUUGCUUAGCUAGAUUCUCUAUGGGUCUGACACGUGCAGGUAAACCACGGUGUAGUAAAGGCUACACUGUGUUAUAAACAAUGCCAAAUUAAAUUUUCGAUAUGAUAUUAAAGCAUAAUUUAGAAAAUGUAGAGCUUAAUCCAGUUUCCAGAGUAGCAUUAGUUUUUCUUUGUGUGUUUAAAGGAAUAACAUAUUUUCAUUGAAACAUUUCUGUAUUUAAAUACAUUUGCUUAUGGUUUUAAAUUAAUAGACACACACUGCACUCCAUGAAAACAAGGGAAUACAAUUUUGUUUGCUGUUUUCCAUUAAAAUUAUUGUCUAUUUA